CGCGACCUAGCGGGUGGACCGGCAGCUCCGUGCGCUUUGCAGCUCCUCUCAGCCAGGGUCCCGACUUGGCAGCUCCGGGCGAUCCGGCGCAGCGUCCGGAGGCUGUCCGGAAGGUCGGGCUGGGCGAGCAGGGCCAGGACCCUGCGCUCUCUCGGCCGCUCUGUCUCGAACCCAGCCCCUGGCAGCCACGCCGGACGCGCACUCACACUCCCUCUCGGCGCGCGGCUCCGGGGCGCGAUGGACGCGGCACUGCUCCACAGCCUGCUGGAGGCCAACUGCAGCCUGGAGCUGGCAGAAGAGCUGCUCUUGGACGGCUGGGGGCUGCCCCUGGACCCCGAGGGUCCCUACUCCUACUGCAACACGACCUUGGACCAGAUCGGGACGUGUUGGCCCCGGAGCGCGGCCGGAGCUCUGGUGGAGAGGCAGUGCCCCGAGUACUUCAACGGCGUCAAGUACAACACGACCCGGAAUGCCUACCGAGAGUGCUUGGAGAAUGGGACCUGGGCCUCACGGAUCAACUACUCACAGUGUCAGCCCAUUUUGGACGAUAAGCAGAGGAAGUAUGACCUGCACUACCGCGUCGCGCUCAUUAUCAACUACCUGGGCCACUGCGUGUCUGUGGCAGCCCUCGUGGCUGCCUUCCUGCUUUUCCUGGCCCUGCGGAGCAUCCGCUGUCUGCGGAACGUGAUUCACUGGAAUCUCAUCACCACAUUCAUCCUGCGAAAUGUCACGUGGUUCCUGCUGCAGCUCAUCGACCACGAAGUGCAUGAGAGCAAUGAGGUCUGGUGCCGCUGCAUCACCACCAGCUUCAACUACUUCGUGGUGACUAACUUCUUCUGGAUGUUCGUGGAGGGCUGCUACCUGCACACGGCCAUCGUCAUGACCUACUCCACCGAUCGCCUGCGCAAGCGGCUCUUCCUCUUCAUUGGAUGGUGCAUCCCCUGCCCCAUCAUCAUCGCCUGGGCCAUUGGCAAACUCUACUAUGAGAAUGAACAGUGCUGGUUUGGCAAGGAGCCCGGCGACCUGGUGGACUACAUCUACCAGGGCCCCAUCAUCCUCGUGCUCUUGAUCAAUUUUGUAUUUCUGUUCAACAUCGUCAGGAUCCUAAUGACGAAGUUACGAGCAUCCACCACGUCAGAGACGAUCCAGUACAGGAAGGCGGUGAAGGCCACCCUGGUUCUCUUGCCCCUUCUGGGCGUCACCUACAUGCUCUUCUUCGUCAGCCCUGGGGAGGACGAGCUGUCACAGAUCGUGUUCAUCUAUUUCAACUCCUUCCUGCAGUCAUUCCAGGGUUUCUUUGUGUCCGUCUUCUACUGCUUCUUCAAUGGAGAGGUGCGCUCGGCUGUGAAGAAGAAGUGGCACCGCUGGCAGGACCGUCACUCCCUCCGAGUCCCUGGGGCCCGGGCCGUGUCCAUCCCCACGUCACCCACGCGGGUCAGCUUCCACAGCAUCAAGCAGACGGCCGCUGUAUGACCCUCAGUACCCUCACCUCACCCAUCACUCCACCAUCGGGACAGCCUCUCCACCCUCCUCCAGCACCUUUCUCUGGGUUCUCCUGGCUGCGCAGGCUCUGAUGGGGGCAGAGGGAGGGGGGAGACCAGCUCUCCAGGCCGGCAGGAGGGAGGCUAUGCAGCAGCACGAGGGGCUCUCAGGAACCAGGGCCAGCUGGACCCCAAGUCUCAGUGCGAGAGGGAGCUGAGCCGGGAAGUCACGGGAACCCCCGGAAGAGAGCGGGUCACAGGGCUUCAGGCAUUGCCCACACCAGCCUCUCUGGCUGGAUCCUCACUGUCGCCCUGUUCACCGAUGAGGAAACUGAGGCCCAGAGCCAGGGAGGGCCUGCCCAAGUCACACAGCUAGUUCAUGACAGACCUGGGGCUCCUUUGCCCCACUCAUGGCAAGGGUCUUCCCACCAGCGGCGGGGUGAUGGUUGGUCCCACCCCCUGCCUUCUGCCCCUAAGUUCUGUGGCGCCCUCUGCAGUUGGGAGGCACAGCAGCUAGAGUAAGAUUCAUUCCACUGGCUUCGUCCCUGGGACUCUCACUUAGAGAAGCCUCACCUAUACCCCAUCCUCCUGCCCCUCGGACCCGUGGAAGGAUGCUGCCUCCUUUCCUGAGAGCCCUCUUCUCAGCCUAGUCCACCGAUUCAGGGCCUUGGGGAGGGGCAGGUGGGGAGGAAGAGGUUGCCAGGGCAGCCGUACACACUUAGACCAACCAGAUACAGGGUGUAGGACGAAACGGGGAGGAGACACGUGGGGGACGACAGGCUGGGAGAAGGAGUAGGGUAGGAAUAGCAGAAACCAAGGUACGUCUUUGGUGACUGGAACUAAUCCCUCAGCCCACACCUGAGACUGGGCUUCGGCCUCCCCUUCAGAAACAACAUCUCCACUGUCUGUGAAAUAAACUGUGCCUCUGUGGAAA